GUCAAUACUGUCAAACUUCUAUUGAUUGCGUUGUUUUAUUAUUUGUUAGCAGAGAAAUGGAUAUUUUGAAAGCAGAAAUUGCUAGAAAACGAAAACUUUUAGAAGAAAAGAAUAUCUUAGACCCAUCAAAUAAAAAGAAAUAUUUCAAAAGAGGUGAACUUCUAGCUAAGGAACAAGAAGAAUACUUCAAGAAAUAUGGACCACGGAAUCAAGAAGAAGAGGGCACGAAACAGGACAUCAAAGAUGAAAAAGUGGACACAAAACAAGAUAACAAAGAAAUGGAACAUACGGAAACUGUAUCACUGCCCAGAACAGAGGUUGUAAAGAGAUUGAGAGAGCGAGGUCACCCAAUAUUACUGUUUGGUGAAAAUGAAUUGCAGUCAUUUAAAAGAUUGCGAAGAAUAGAAAUCCAAGAACCUGAAGCUAAUAGAGGAUUAAGAAAUGAUUUCCAAGAAGCUAUGGAAAAAGUGGAUGAAGCUUAUUUAAAUGAAAUACUGGCACUAGGAACUCAGAGUGAAAGUGAGAAUACACUUAAGGAAGAUGCACUUGAUGACUCAGUCACCUACGAGUUUAUACAAGAAAUGGCAAAAACAAUUGGCCAAGGUGACAGAAAUCAUGACAUGAAUGUCAUCAUGACACUGUUGCAGUUUCUUCUAAAACUUUGGGGACAGCAACUUAACUCAGCAACAGGUGCAGAGAAAACAGCCAUCAAACAUAAGAUGACCAGGGCAACAUUUACACAAACUCAAGUAUACCUUAAGCCAUUGAUGAGGAAAUUAAAAAAGAAAAACUUGCCUGAAGACAUCUGUGACAGCCUAACGGAUAUUACCAGACAUUUGCUUGAUAGAAAUUAUAUUAUGGCCAGCGAUGCGUAUCUUCAAAUGGCAAUUGGUAACGCGCCAUGGCCGAUUGGUGUUACCAUGGUUGGUAUCCACGCACGUACUGGACGUGAGAAGAUCUUCUCAAAAAACGUCGCUCAUGUCAUGAAUGAUGAAACUCAAAGAAAAUAUAUUCAAGCAUUGAAACGGCUGAUGACAAAAUGUCAAGAAUACUUCCCGACGGACCCAUCAAGAUGUGUGGAAUACAGUACAAUUAGAUAAUAAAUUAAUUUUUUUUUCUCUA